UCCCUCGCGCCCCCCGCCCUCUCUCGCGACCGCAUUUGCCCUUCGAAACCGCACUUCAGUAUUUCCGCCAUGGCGGACUCUGGAGUGGCAGUUCCCGGGCGGUCGCUCACCGACGACGAAAUGGCGGAGGUGAAAAAGGAAGUUUUAGAACGGCUGCGUCGCUAUCUAUGUGACAAAAUAAUUGCAGAAAGACACUUUGAUUAUCUACGUUCAAAGAAAAUACUCAGUAGAGAAGACACUGAAGAAAUUUCUUGUCGAACUUCAAGUAGGAAAAAGGCUGGGAAGUUGCUGGAUUACUUAGCGGAACAUCCAAAAGGACUAGAUGCUUUGAUAGAAUCUAUCAGAUGCGAAAAAACACAGAACUUCCUAUUAGAAAAGAUAACUGAUGCCAUCUUGAAAGCAAAAAAUGAAAAACUUGAAAGCCUUAAAGGACUGAGUUGUAGUAACUGUAUGACUUCAGUAUGUGAGCAAACAAACAACCUCUCUAGGUCACAGUCAAAUGAAUCUAAUUUCUUUGAAAAACAAAAAGACACAGAAACCACCUGCCUUCAUCCAGAAGAAUAUAGUACAACUGCUUUUGUAUCUGCCACUUCUCUUUGUUCAAUGAAUCUACCUAUUACGGAGGUUGGGAAUAUGGAGAACUCUGGUUUUUUGGCUACCCUUCCUGGACCUGGAGAUUCUGGAGCACCACCUCUUCCACCACAAAUGCAGAAUGAACAAGAGGAAACAUGUACCACCUCAAGUGACAAUCCAUUCUUGCCUUUACGAUCCCGCUCACUUCUUCCACAGUGAUAUUCUCCCUUGGUUAAUCUUAAAGAUUACUAUGUUGGAUUCCUUGUAGAGUUUUGCAAUUAAUGUUUCUAAACUGCAAUAUCACAAUGGAUCUAGAAAGUGCUGAGUAAUCUGCUUUACUAUUUUAGUUGUGUGUUUUUUGCUACUUUUAUUGAUUAAUGCAACCUUAUACAUGUCUACUCAAGUAUUGAAUAGGACUUACUCCCAGAUGUGCUUAUGUAUAUAGGAUUGCAGCUUGAAAGGCUUUUAAAGGGGUUCUUUCCCUAUUCAAAAACAAAAUAGCAAAAAUGAUUCUGACAGAAUAUCUAAAGGGGGUGUUAGAGAUGUUAAAACUGUGUUAUUUGUACAAAAUUCAUAUUAAAGAGAAUAACUUGAUCAUCUUCACUAUGACAGCUGUUUCAUCUAGUAAUUAUUAGAACUUGCUCAAACAUAUACCUGAGAACUUUGUAGAGGUUUCCCUAAUUAUGUGAAGUGUCAUAAUAAGGGAGGUUUAAUACAGAGGGAAAACUGAUAAAUAUAGGGAAAGUGGUGCAUGGUUUCUUACCACUCACUGUUGCUGGCAUUACAUUGGAAGUAAGUUUUCACUUGUAGGAUGUAGUAUCCAAAAGGAAAUGCCACCUGAAAAACACUUUAUCUUGCUGCAAGACGACAAAAACAUUGAGCUCUGCUUGAUUAAUAUCGGCAGAAAGGAAAGCCCUCAUCAAACAGAGUUUGGUUUAGUUUGGUUUGCAUCAUUGUGGUUAUGUGCAUAAGGAUUGCAUGGUUACCAGUUUUUGUAUCAUCUGACUGAAUAAUGGUGUUCUGAGUUGCCUUUGUUUUAAUUACAUUUCAUGAGGAAUUACGUCUGCACUUUAGAAGAUAAUGUUUGACUUAAGUAAUGAACAUUCAAAGCACUUUCACACUUUCUUAGUUAUUGUAGCCUAAGAUAUGUGUAAUAUAAAUUGAGUUUAUUGGGGCUUACUUCUAAAUAGACACAUAGGAUUGCACUGUUGGACCCCUUUACCAUGUUUAAUGCAUUUCUAAAAUGAAAAGCCUCAUUACUCAAGGUGAAACAAUGCUGUAUUGCAGCCAUAAUUUCUAUCACGCAGUCAUAGGAAGUUUAAGUUCCCCUUGGAUUGCUAAAGGGUUUCUCAUAGCUAGAUAACAGGGGAAAGGUGUAGGAGCCUUGUUGUAAAGUUACACCUAUGAGUAGACUUCCAGUAUUUACCAUGCUUAACCCCGUUUUCUACUUUAAUAUUAUUGAUGCUUACUUUUAUUGAGAAUGUAUGAUACUCAACUUCUUUGAGAACAUCUGACUUAACGAACAUGUGAGAAUCUUUUAAAUCAUAGGUUUAUGGAGUACAUUCAUUCUCUGGGCAUUAUCCACAUAGCAUUCAAAUUGUUUAGUUUUGGCUAUUCUUUUCAAAUCUGUAGAAACUGUAUGUCUGCUUUCUGGACUUCACUGAAGCACUGCCCUUUAUGGUUUAAAAGUAAGAUUAUAUACAGCCAAAAGGAAUGUAGUCUUCUGUAGGGCCUCUGAGAUACCAACAGAUUAUAAAUGUAUAUUUGCAUUUGCAUUUCACAAGCCAUUGGAUAAAAAUGUGCAAUAAAUUACUAGGUUUAAUUACACUAACUGCCUUGUCCUAUGCAUGUUUUACUCAGAAGUAAUUCUAACAGCAUUCAGUGGAGCUUAAUCCCAGAAAAGUGUGUAUAGGAUUACAGCCCAAUAUUUUAAGAUAAUAAGAGUGAUAGACAGUUAUAUGUAAUGCAUUGGUUUCUGUCUGCCUUAAACUCAAGCUCAUCAUGCGGCUAUUAUGUUCUUACAGUGCGCCUGAACUCAGCUUACUUCCUCUCAAACUUCCAUGAUGAUGUUUUACAAGAACUUCCUUUAUAUGAUUGCCUAUUCUAGUAGUUGUGCACUAUAAGCAAAUCCUAUGUUUACACAACGAUGAUCUAAUGAUCCCCAUUAUUAUGUGAUGUUUCCCUCUGAAAAAUUUCAUGGCUUACUAGGUAUUGGAAUUAUAUAGGGGAUUUUUCUUUAUCAGGCACUUGAACACUUGAGGUCUCAUAGUCUGGAUGCCUGUGCGGAACUAUUGGACAUUGGUUUAAAAAACACCAGAACAAAUAUUAGUUCUAGAGGAAGGCACAGCACAAAUCAUUUGAGAUUACAGAUGUUGCUAAAAUACAUAACUUCUUAGACCUUUUCUUAAUUUAAUGUGUGCUACAGUGUACAUUGCAGAAUAAUCACAACUACUGUUGCAUUAAAUGGAGAUCUUUGGGAAUGAUUGUACCUUUAAAAUGUUUGAAAUAAUAUAUAUUGUUACUGCUUUUAUAUAAAAAUACUGAAUUAAAAGUUUGUUGGUAACUUUUUGCUAAUUAUUUAACUUCACAAAUAUUUAGCUAGGUUUUAAAAAUGGGCAUUCUGAGUAGCAUAAAUUUCUAAUAAACUCCACUGAUUCAUUUUA